CUUGUAAUGGAAAGAUACAAAAUAAGUCCUGCGCAAAUAUACUCCAUAACUUGUGAUAAUGCAAGAAACAUGGUGAAAGUGGUUGACUUAUUCAAUGAAAAUUCUGAAAAUAAUGAUGAACCAGUUGAUGAUACUGAUGAAGAAAAUAUUUCAACAUGGAAGACAAUGAUGAUGUUUUGUCACAAAAUAUUCAAGAUAUGAUAGGUACAUCAGAUAUUGAGAUGGGACCAUUAACCACAUGUAUGAGAUAUGCAGUUCACACAUUUCAGCUUGCCAUUUAUGAUUCUAUGAAAGACCAUUCUAUUCAAGGCAUUUUGUCUAAAGCUCGUAAAGCGGUGAAAAUUUUAAGAACACAAACAUACGCAGCCUGGUUGAAAAGGGAAGGAUUAAAGCAGGCAAUUUUGGACAUUGAAACUUGGUGGAAUAGUACAUUCAAUAUGUUGUACAGACUUAUAGAACUCAAACAAUUUUGUGUGACUAAUGAACAAAUAAUCUUAUCUUCUAAUGAUUGGAAUUUGGUUGGAAGGAUAGUUACAGCUUUAGAGCCAACUAAAAUUGCCACAGUCCAAAUGCAAUCAAACUCGUUAACUCCUGGUGAUGUACAUGGUAUUUGGUUAAAGACUUAA